AACACAAAUUUGAGUGUCUCACCCUCUUUCAAUCAUCUUCCAGGAAAUUGCUUUCAAUCUUCCUUCACUCUCUCUUCUUUUCCGUGUCAUUCUCUCCAGUAUUUUCUUGAGAAUUGGUACGUAAAGACAAGUCUCCUUUGACUUCUGGACACUCUGUUUUGGGUUCCUUAGGACAGGAGCAUCUGAACAUGAAGGUUUUGUUGGAUUAGAAGACAUCAAGUUUUCCAAAAUUUGAAGUUCUGCACAGCUAUUACAUUUUCAUUAAGCACGGCAUGGAGAAAACUGCAAGUGGUUCUGUUAUGAGGAAUAGAAGGUUGGAGAGUUUCUUCAACGCAAGUCCUAUUCCAAACAUGGGGGUGUCCUGGAAAAUUGGCUCCAAGAAAGGGGUAGGAGAGAGGCCGAAAACCGAUUUGUAUGUUGAGGAUGAUGGAUGGAUGUCUAUACUGAUAUCCUGGAUUCGGAUUGUCACAUGUUUUGUGUCGAUGAUGGUUACUACCUUUGUGUGGGCCUUAAUCAUGCUUGUGCUUCUUCCAUGGCCUUAUGAGAGACUAAGGCAAGGGAAUAUUUAUGGGCAUGUGACUGGUCGAAUGCUGAUGUGGAUUUUGGGGAAUCCUAUGAAGAUUGAAGGUGCCGAGUACUCUAACACAAGGGCUAUUUAUAUCUGUAAUCAUGCAUCUCCACUCGACAUUUUCCUUAUGAUGUGGUUGACUCCAACGGGCACUGUUGGCAUUGCAAAGAAAGAGAUUGUAUGGUACCCUUUGUUUGGGCAACUUUAUGUCUUGGCCAACCAUCUCCGCAUUGAUCGCUCCAACCCAACUGCAGCCAUCCAGUCCAUGAAGGAGGUGGCUCGUGCAAUUGUCAAAAACAAACUGUCCUUGAUCCUUUUUCCUGAGGGCACCAGGUCCAAGGAUGGACGAUUACUCCCUUUUAAAAAGGGUUUUGUCCACUUGGCAAUGCAAUCGCACCUCCCUAUCGUUCCAAUUGUCCUGACAGGCACUCAUCUUGCAUGGAGGAAGGGCAGCUUACAUGUUCGACCAGCACCCCUUACUGUAAAGUAUCUUCCCCCAAUCAAAACCGAUGAUUGGACUGCAGACAAGAUCGAUGACCAUGUAAAAAUGGUGCAUGACAUAUACAUCAAACACCUCCCACAGCCUCAGAGACCUCUUGUGGUAGAAGAAGAAACUCCCACCAAGGGCUGAAGUUUAUGGUUGAGGUUUUACCUCUUUGAUGUGUGUUUUCUUCAGUUGAGUUGGAAGAAUUUCACAAAGUGCCAUGAUAACUGCUACAAUAAGCCCACAUUUAACCUUGAUUCAGAUAUGAGCAGAACCUACUAAUGUGUUGUGCUGCCUUUUGUUGGGGAAAAUAAGCCUGGAAGUCACACAAAAAGAGCUUCCAUAUUAUAUUAGUCACACAGCCAUUUCAUGCUUUUAA